UCACUUUGUACCUUUCUCGCCUCGACUGUGAAGCGGGCCGGGACCUGCCAGGCCAGACCAAACCGGACCUCGGGGGCGAUGCGGCUGUUGCCCCUGCUGCGGACUGUCCUCUGGGCCGCGUUCCUGGGCUCCCCUCUGCGCGGGGGCUCCAGCCUCCGCCACGUAGUCUACUGGAACUCCAGUAACCCCAGGUUGCUUCGAGGAGACGCCGUGGUGAAGCUGGGCCUCAACGAUUACCUAGACAUUGUCUGCCCCCACUACGAAGGCCCAGGGCCCCCUGAGGGCCCCGAGACGUUUGCUUUAUACAUGGUGGACUGGCCAGGCUAUGAGUCCUGCCAGGCAGAGGGCCCCCGGGCCUACAAGCGCUGGGUGUGCUCCCUGCCCUUUGGCCAUGUCCAAUUCUCAGAGAAGAUUCAGCGCUUCACACCCUUCUCCCUCGGCUUUGAGUUCUUACCUGGAGAGACUUACUACUACAUCUCGGUGCCCACUCCAGAGAGUUCUGGCCAGUGCUUGAGGCUCCAGGUGUCUGUCUGCUGCAAGGAGAGGAAGUCUGAGUCAGCCCAUCCUGUUGGGAGCCCUGGAGAGAGUGGUACAUCAGGGUGGCGAGGGGGGGACACUCCCAGCCCCCUCUGUCUCUUGCUAUUACUGCUGCUCCUGAUUCUUCGUCUUCUGCGAAUUCUGUGAGCCAAGCAGACCUUCCCUCUCAUCCCAAGGAGCCAGAGUCCUCCCAAGAUCCCCUGGAGGAGGAGGGAUCCCUGCUGCCUACACUGGAGGUACCAAUUCAGACCGACAAGAUGCAGCAUUGAUGGGGGAGAUCAGAGGGUCUGAGGUGCCUCUUGCAGGAGCCUGUCCCCUCAUCACAGGCUAAAGAAGAGCAGUAGACAACCCUGGACACUCUGAAGCAGAGGCAAGACAAACACAGGCGCUUUGCAGGCUGCUCUGAGGGUCUCAGCCCAUCCCCCAGGAGGACUGGGAUUUGGUAUGAUCAAAUCUGCAAGCCAGCUGGGGGCCCAGGCUGAAGACCUGGGGACAGGUGGAUUGCUGGACCAGGGCAAAGAAGAAGCCCUGCCAUCUGCCCUGUGGGCCUUUUCCCUGGGGCAGCACCUUGCCCUCCCAAGGGGGUCACUCACUUGUCUUCUAUGAAGACGGACUCUUCAUGAGGUUGAAUUUCAUGCAAGUUUGUAUUUUUAUAAGUAUCUAGACCAAACCUUCAAUAAACCACUCAUCUUUUUGUUGCCCUCCCCAA